AUGCACCUGUUCACCACCUGCCCCAAGAGGAAUGGACCACAGCGCAAGAAAUUUGAAGAAUCUUGCAACCAUUUGAGGAAGUCACUGUGGAACUCAGUGCAGAAAGGUAGCUGGAACAGUGGAAGCCAGGAAUCCCACCGCGAUGCUGUCAUGGAGGUGCGAGCCUACCUGGAGGAGCCUCUUCUUCCAACACAUGAGGAUCCCCUCAAGUGUGCCUCACAAACUACUGGGAUCAGAGCCAAGAGACCAGCUGUCCUCAAUGCAGAGAACUUCAACAUGAGGCCUGCUCUGCGAAGAAAUAAUCUGCUGAAUGAAGUCAUCAAGAAAUUAAAGAAGACGACACUCAGUCCUCCUUCUCCUCCUCAGAAUUAUGUAGGCCCUGGAUACGUGGAGUGUGAUUUCUGUACUGGUAAGAAGUUCAGAGCGGUGAAGUCCUGUCUCACCUGCAUGGCCUCCUACUGUCAGACUCACCUGCAGCUUCACUAUGAAGGAGAUGCUCGGAAACAUCACAAGCUGGUUGAUCCUGAUAGAAAUCUGAAGGAGAAACUCUGUGAGAAACAUCAGAAAAGUCUGGAGAUGUUUUGUAGAACUGAUGAUUCCUGUAUCUGCAUGAUGUGUGUGGUGACUGGACAUAAUGGACAUAAAAUGGUUGAGCUGGAGAUGGAAAUAGAAGAAAAGCAGAAACAGCUGGGGGUGACACUUAGUGACAUCAAGAGGAAACUUGAGGAGACAGAGAAGACACUGAAGGAGACGAGGAGGGCGAUGAACGAGAUGAAGGUGUCUGUGGUAAGAGAGGUGGAAGAAAAUGAGAAGAGCUUCACUGCUCUGAUACGGUGCAUUGAGGAAACCCACAGAAAACUGACAGAGAGGAUCAGAGAACAGGAAAAGAGAGAAACGGAGAAGGCUGAAGGAGUCAUGGAGCAACUGGAGAAAGAGAUUGAGGACUGA